AGUAGUGUUUCCUCUACACGCGGCCAUUCAGCAAAGAUGAACGCAAAGAAGGAGCCCAUCCAAGCCGUGCAGGUCUUCGGCCGCAAGAAAAGUGCUACCGCCGUGGCCUAUUGCAAGCUCGGCCAAGGUGUGCUGAAGGUGAACGGACGGCCACUGGAGCUUGUGGAGCCCAAAAUCCUCCAAUACAAACUCCAGGAACCAAUCCUUCUCCUAGGAAAAGAAAGAUUCGCGAAUGUUGACAUCCGAGUUCGUGUGAAUGGUGGUGGUCAUGUAGCUCAGGUCUACGCCAUCCGUCAGGCUAUUUCCAAGGCCCUCGUAGCUUACUAUCAAAAGUAUGUUGAUGAGGCAUCUAAGAAGGAAAUCAAGGACAUUCUGAUUCAGUACGACCGUACUCUGCUUGUUGCCGACCCUCGUCGGUGCGAGCCCAAGAAGUUUGGAGGUCCUGGCGCUCGUGCGAGAUACCAGAAAUCUUAUCGUUAAUUUCUUUCUUUAUAUUCCAAUAAUAAAAAUGUGAAAUUGA